UCUUAAAAUGUGUUCGCAUUCUCCCGUUUGUUUUCCGACCUUGAUUCACCAAAAUAUCAAUGACACCUAUCUAACCCCAAAACCCCAAAACAAACUUAACCGCUGCGCAAAACCUUCUGCAUCAAUGGCGGGUGCUAGCGGAAGAAUCGUCUUCUCCCUCUCUUCUUCCAUAACCAGACGCCUUCACGGUAAGCGUUUCUCAUUCUUCACACUCUCAAACCCUACCACCAUUUUCCCACGAUUCAGACCUCUCUGCUCCAUAACCGCUACACCGGAAACUCUAUUAGACACUGACACUGAAAAACACUCGAUUCUUCUCGAGAAGCUGAGAGUUAGACACCUAAAAGGAAGUCUUAUCAAAACGGCUUCUCAAAUUGUGAAGAAAUCUGAGGGGAAGAAGAAGGUUGUUGUUGAUGAUGUUGUUGUUGGUGAUGUUGUUGUUAUUGGGAGUUUUGAGGAAUUGGGAAUUAAUGAUGAGGUAAUGGGGGCUGUUAAAGAAAUUGGGAUUGAAGUUCCUACUGAGAUACAGUGUAUUGGUAUUCCUGCUGUUUUGGAUGGGAAAAGUGUUGUUUUAGGGUCUCAUACUGGUUCUGGAAAAACUCUUGCUUAUUUGCUUCCACUUGUUCAGUUGCUAAGACGGGAUGAGCAAUUGAAUGGACUAGUUUUGAAGCCCAAGCGUCCCCGAGCUGUUGUGCUAUGCCCUACAAGGGAGUUGUCUGAGCAGGUUUUUCGAGUUGCGAAAUCAAUAAGCCAUCAUGCACGAUUCAGGUGCACCAUGGUAAGUGGCGGUGGCCGUCUUAGGCCUCAGGAGGAUUCACUUAGUAACCCCAUUGAUAUGGUAGUUGGUACCCCUGGCAGGAUUCUUCAACAUAUCGAGGAGGGAAAUAUGGUAUACGGUGACAUCCAGUACUUGGUAUUAGACGAGGCAGACACGAUGUUUGAUCGGGGCUUUGGUCCUGAUAUUCGCAAGUUCAUAGCCCCAUUAAAACAGCGUGCUUCUAGACCUGAUAGCCUAGGUUUCCAGACUGUUUUAGUUACUGCAACCAUGACAAAGGCUGUGCAAAAUCUGGUUGAUGAGGAGUUUCAAGGCAUUGUCCAUCUGCGCACAUCCUCGUUGCAUAAAAAGAUUUCUUCUGCUCGUCAUGAUUUUCUUAAACUUUCUGGUUCUGAGAACAAGCUGGAUGCAUUACUUCAGGUAUUAGAGCCAAGUCUUGCCAAGGGUAACAGGGUAAUGGUUUUCUGCAACACAUUGAAUUCUAGCCGUGCUGUGGAUCACUUUCUUGGUGAAAAUAUGAUUUUUACUGUGAACUACCAUGGGGAGGUACCGGCGGAGCAAAGGGUUGAAAACCUCAACAAGUUUAAGAGUAACACUGGAGAUUGCCCUACAUUGGUUUGCACAGACUUGGCUGCUAGGGGUCUGGACUUGGAUGUCGAUCAUGUUAUCAUGUUUGAUUUCCCUCUGAAUUCUAUCGACUACCUCCAUCGCACAGGUAGAACUGCUCGUAUGGGUGCUAAAGGGAAAGUAACAAGUUUGGUUACUAAAAAGGACUUCGGUUUGGCAACCAAAAUAGAGGAGGCAAUAAGAAAGAAUGAAAGUUUGGAGGCUAUCACUAAAGAAAGUCUCCGAAUGGACAUAACCAGGAACCAAAUCACUGAGCAAAGAAGAAAGAAUAAAAAUGUGGUAAAAACUUCAAAAACUAGGGACAAAUCUGAUUCUCGUCCAUCUUCUACCACUAACAGGUCAGGUAUUAGGGACAAAUCUGAUUCUCGCACCAGUUCUGCAAAUACCAGAUCAGGUAUCAGGGACAAAUCUGAUUCGCGCACCAGUUCUACUAAUACUAGGUCAGGUAUUAGGGGCAAAUCUGAUUCUCGCACCAGAUCUGAGGAUACCAGGUCAGGUAUUAGGGACAAAUCUGAUUCUCGCACCGGUUCUGGGAAUACCAGGUCAGGCAUGAAAUUUGGUAAACAAUCAUCGCCAUCUAAGUCUUCAAAGAAAGGAUUUCCUGUUUCAAAAACUGUAAAAUCUUCCAGUCCAAGUAGCUUCAUAAAAGCUUCUUCGGAGAGUAAGCGAACGGGUAAAAGUGGGACUGCCACCAAAUCUACAAAUCCUAAACUCAGUGUUGUUGGGUUUAGGGGACGGAAUGCAUCAUCAUCAGAUAAGAGACAAACAUUUUAGUGAAGUGGAUUGGAGUCAUAUUAUACCCGACAUUCUAGCAGGGUUUACCACAUUGCCAUUGGAAUCAUAGAUGAUGACACCAGAGAAAUCAGGGAGCUGGCACUUCCCGCCCAUAAGUAUAUUCUUCUGCCAAAUUGAAGCAUCUUCUUGUUCUUGUUCACAACCACUCAUCAUUACCACUUCAUUGUUUAGCUCUAUAACAGGCUCUUCUGCAAAGGCAUUGCAUGCGAGCCAAUGACGCCAUUUGCGCGAAUGCGAAGCACACAUGAGCAGCGCAACGGCACACAUCAUAAGGGUCAUAACAGUAAAACCAAUAUUUGAAGUGCUUAGUGAAGGGUGGAUUACUAAAAGUGGUCUAGCCAUAUGGGAUAGUGAUGAGACACUUGAAAAUGAGAGAUAUGAUACAAAACAUGAAAUGGGUUUGACUAUUUAUAAUUUCAUGGUUUGUAGUUGUUAACUAGAAAGUGUAGUUGGUGUUUUAGGAUUUGUUAGCAUUUGGUUAGUUUAAUGGUUUAAGAUUCAACAUGUGGUUUUGGUAAUCCUUGACCUUGUGCAAGGUCUAGCAUAGUGGGAUUGGUAAUCUUUGAAUCAUAAUUGAAUAUGUUAAAUUAAUUUAAUGACAGUUUGAAUUUGAUA